AUGCAGCAGGAGGACCAGCACCAGCAACAGCUUCAGGCCUUCUGGAGCGACCGGCUGGAUGAGAUCGAGCACAUGAGCGACUUCAAGACCCACAGCCUUCCCCUUGCGAGGAUCAAGAAGAUCAUGAAGGCUAGCGGGGAGAAUGUCCAGAUGAUCGCGGGGGAGGCGCAUGGGCUCCUAGCUAAGGCGUGUGAGAUCUUCAUCCAGGAGCUGACGCUGAGAUCGUGGCUCCAAACCAGAGAAAAUAAUAGGAGGACGCUGCAGAAGAAUGACAUCGCCGCUGCGGUCUCCAGGAACGAGGCCUUUGAUUUCCUUGUGGACAUCAUGCAGGACAAUGGUGCGGGGUUGCCGACUGGGACCAUGCAGACCAUGGUCCCAGGAAUGGGCACCUUUGAAAUGUACUGUGGAAACCAGCAACCAGUUCCUUUCGCGUGGCCGCAGCCGCAGCAGCAGCAGUCGCCUCACAACGGUGAGCAGCAGCAUCAGCCGCCUUACAAUGGUGAGCAGCAACAGCCGCCUUCCAGUGGUGGACAAGAUGAAUGA